AUGGCCAGCGCGCCCGCCGCUGAUCAGAGCCAUGGUCUCCACAAUCCAUCACAGCACAAUGGCCUCCUCCUCCCUUCCGCCCUCCCUCGACCGACCACGUCCGCGUCUUCAGCCCCUUCGCCGCGUCCGCCCUCUGGCCUCUCUGCUUCCUCCUCGACAUAUCCCAACAAGCCCUAUGACGGCCACAACGACGGCGCUGGUGUGAGGAAGUCGCAUUCGCACUCCGUCUCGUCGAACCCUCACACACUGGCGUCAUCCAAGGGCAGCCUCUCUCCUGACAACAAGGAAAGACAGCGCGCUAUUCGAACCCUCCCGCCAUGGGUACAGACUGCAGAUGAAGACGACAACGCGGACCCAACAUCCCUGCUUCUCCCCAGAACCCCUACGAGCGUCCGCCCCGCCUCCCACAAUUACAUGCCAGCACCAAAGGCCAACGCUGUACCUGGGCGACAUUUCGAUCACGCAAGAGAGGGCACGCCUGUGACGAUCAACUCUCCGGUCAGCGAACAUGCGUCAAAAUGGCAGCGGUUUGCUAAGGCGUCCGACUAUGAUCAUGUCAGGCCCCCAUCGUCGCGAGGGCAGGUGGUGGAUGAUGAAUGGAUGAAGGAGAACCUUCCAGACCUGGAAACACCAUGGGAGCCUAUAGACAAGGAGGAACGCGAAGCAGAAGAGGGAUUCUGGCUGUUAAAUGCUAGUAAACGCCGCCGACGGUUCGCGAAAGCCCAUGAGGUCCUGAUGAACCACCCCAUGGUGCCCGCUCUGAUUCGGCUGGUCGUAUUCACCUUCUCCGCCCUUGCACUCGGACUUGCGGGCUCGAUUUUCAGACAGUCAAAGCAUGCUGGUUGCGAGAACAGCUCGUCCACGUGGCUUGCCUUGAUAGUUGACAUUGUUGCCAUCUUCUACACCGUGUACAUUACCUACGACGAGUACACUUCCAGACCGCUCGGCCUUCGCUCGCACAACGCGAAGAUGCGGCUCAUCUUCCUAGAUCUCCUAUUCAUCGUUUUUGAUUCCGCCAACCUCAGCUUGGCAUUCCGGGCACUCACUGACGAACGUUGGGCGUGCCGCUCCACUGAGGAGCCAGAUUUCGACUACUGUCCUUUUGAUAACGCCAUCUGCGCGAGGCAGAAAGCAUUGACUGCGACGCUUCUCAUAGCGCUUGUUGCUUGGCUAUGUACAUUUGCUAUUAGCACGCUCCGACUCAUUGAAAGGGUGGCUCGAUAG